AUGCCUGCAAAGUAUAUGGAUGAGUGGCCCAAGAAGAAAGCACCACCUUUCAACGAAAUAGAAGCGGGUAGGCUAGUCGCCCUUUACUGCGAGAAUUACGAUCAUUAUCAUGGAAAAACUAAAUGUGGUAAGAACAUAGUUAGUGAUAAACAGCGGCUACUGAAAGUAUGGACGAAAGAAAUCUCAUCAUUGGGUUAUGCAGUGCGCACCAAGGAUCAAAUCGAAGAGAAGAUCAGGAAUGAAGUGAAGAAAGUGAAAAAAUAUCUGAAACAUGUCAAAGAGAAAUCGAAUCGAAAAACCGUUGACGGAAAAGAGCGUGUUUGGAAGUUGCCACUCUAUCUCGACCCUCUCGUUGACCUUAUCGCCCAUUUGGGUCCUGAGCAUGAUGUGGCAGGAGCAGCCUUCGUUCAGAAACGUCCUGUGUUUAAUGUGCAGCGUCAUGACUUUGAUAUGACAGGAGCAGCUAAACAGUUACUCACAACAGCUCAAGGUAAGUUACCAACGGUAUGA